GAAGAAUUUGAGGCACUGGCGGAUGCGCGAAGAGAGAAACGCAGCGACUCUGGACUAUAUCACUCAAUUUUAAAUUUGACUGGUCUUCCUGUUAUUUUACGCAGAGCGAGCAUUAGCCUAAAUCCAAACAGAUCAAAAUGAUGACCAAACCAUUUGGAAAAAGCGGGGAUGUGAGUGAGCUGGUGAGCUCCCUCGGCUGGCUAGAGGAGGACGACGUCAGCUCUCAGGAUGGAGAGGAAAGCCAUGGCAUGACUGUAGGGGGCAGAAUCCGUUCCUGCACAGAACUGGGCAGUGAGGAUAUGGAGGAAGAAGAGGAGGAGGAUAUUGAUGAUGAUGAUGAUGAUGAUAAUGAUGAUGACGAUGAUGAUGAAGAGAUUGGACCAAAUGGAGAACAGGCUCCCAAAAGGAGAGGCCCUAAGAAGAAGAAGAUGACCAGAGCAAGAAAGGAGAGGUUUCGCGCCCGGCGGGUCAAAGCCAACGCCAGAGAACGUUCACGUAUGCACGGGCUGAACGAUGCCCUGGAAGGUCUGCGCAGAGUGAUGCCCUGCUACUCCAAGACACAGAAGCUGUCAAAGAUUGAGACUCUACGACUGGCGCACAACUACAUCUGGGCUCUGUCGGAGUCGCUUGAGAGUGGCCAGUCCCCUGAAAGCCAUGGCUUUGUGGAGAUGCUGUGUAAAGGUCUGUCUCAGCCAACCAGUAAUCUCGUGGCCGGCUGCAUGCAGCUGGGACCCAGUCCGAUGAUGCUCAACAAGAUGGACGAUAAGUGUGGAGGCCCGGGGGUGGGUGGUGUGGGGGGUCAACUUGGCCAUCCCCUCAGCUACCCGUCUCCAGGCCUUCCCAGCCCCCCCUAUGGCUCCCUGGAGGCAUCCCACCUCCUCCAUAUGAAGGGAUUCAAGGGGCCUAUAUAUGACAACCCCUCCCCUAAUGAGUGCAGCAGCGGCACCCCACCAUACGAUGGGCCCCUCACUCCCCCCCUGAGCAUCAGUGGCAACUUUGCCCUGAAGCAGGAGCCCUCUCCACGUGAGUCAGAGAGGAACUACACACACCACCCUGGCCACCAUGGCCACUACCUCUCGUCCCACCAUUACCCCACGACUGGCGGCCUACCAGGGGGGCCUCAGGGCCACCCUCUUUUUCAAGCUUCACGCUAUGAGCUGCCCCUGGAUGUGGCCUUUGACUCCUUCACUCCCUCUCACCUGGUGGCCUCUCAGAUGGGCAGCAUCUGAAAUGUGACCAUGAACAGUUGAAAGUACCAGUGAUUGCUCUACUAUGAAACUGGCCAGGAGAGAAGCACUGCUCUUAAAUGAAUAUGAUGGCCAUGGUACUGACUGUAUAGAGAAACUGGUUUGCAUUAUGUUGUCUAGUACUCUGGGAGAGCACUGAAUGCUCAGAGAGAGACUUACCACCUCAACUCAAUCUACCUGAUACAAACACGCACCCAUGACUUUUAAUAUUUUAUUUAUUCUUUUUUUUUGCUAUGAUUAUGUUAUUUGGAUUAUAAUUAUUUCUGAAGAAGUUGCCCCUUCAGUUGUUACAGAGUGACUAAAGAUUAUUUUACCAAAUCAGAUUCACAGUAAAGCGUUACUCAGAUGUUUCAAGUGUAGAGAUUGGUCAAAAACAUGAGAACUUUGUUAAAAGAUCUGCAUAUCAAAAGAAAUUAAACUAAAAGUCUUAACCUAAAUUGUGCACUGAGGCCUACAACCAAUGCCCGCCUUGCAACAAGAAAAGGCAAUGCAUUUAUUUAUAUCUGUAUUUAUUAUUUAUUUUGAUAACGUCUCGUCCUUUUUAUAUUUUUCUCAGCACAGUUUUUGUUUUACUGUCUUCUUGGUUUUGUUGUCAGUCACUAGCAUCUGUACUGUAUUUAUUUUAUUUAUUUGAGGUCUUUCAGGUAUCUGUUCAUUUGGUGUCACAAUUUGUGUCAUACUGUACUGUUGUAAAUAUUUUGCCGUU